ACUCGUCAGUCGCACUUAUAAAACCUCUCCAAAUCCCUCCUUUACAACAUCUCAUUUUCCUACUCCUUCCGCCGCCGCAAUCUCCGCCGUCUCACCGAGUUACGCCGGAGAUAGUAAGUCUACCACAAUGGCGGCUUCCGCUUCUUCAACUAUCCUUUUCUCUUCAAAAUCAUCACGCGCCUCUCUCUCAUGGAAAAACCAACUCGCUUCCACCUCCGCCUUAGGCAUCUCCGGCGUUUCCCUCCGCCGCAGCAGCAGCCACCGUCAGUUCGUCGUUUUCUCCAUGGACGCCAAACCUACGGUUCUCGUCGCCGAGAAACUCGGGGAGGCAGGGCUGAACCUUCUAAAGGAAUUCGCGAACGUGGAUUGCUCAUAUAAUUUGAGCCCCGAGGAGCUGUGCACUAAGAUCUCGCUUUGUGAUGCGUUGAUUGUCCGGAGUGGAACGAAGGUGAGCCGUGAGAUCUUUGAAUCUUCCGGUGGACGGCUCAAAGUUGUUGGGCGUGCUGGUGUCGGGAUUGAUAACGUUGAUCUAGCGGCGGCGACGGAGCAUGGAUGCCUAGUGGUUAAUGCGCCCACUGCUAAUACAGUUGCUGCUGCCGAGCAUGGCAUCGCUCUUCUCACCGCUAUGGCUCGGAAUAUUGCUCAAGCUGAUGCUUCCGUCAAAGCCGGGAAAUGGCUGAGGAACAAAUAUGUUGGUGUCUCCCUGGUAGGCAAAACACUUGCUGUGAUGGGUUUUGGGAAGGUUGGAUCAGAAGUUGCAAGGCGAGCUAAGGGGCUUGGCAUGCAUGUUAUUGCUCAUGACCCAUAUGCCCCUGCUGACCGUGCACGUGCUAUUGGGGUGGAACUUGUGAGCUUUGAUGAAGCCCUCGCAUCUGCUGAUUUCAUCUCACUUCACAUGCCCCUCACCCCUGCUACAAAGAAGAUCCUGAAUGAUGAAACUUUUGCAAAGAUGAAAAAGGGUGUACGGAUUGUGAAUGUUGCUCGUGGGGGUGUGAUUGAUGAAGAAGCUUUGGUGAGGGCACUUGAUGCAGGCAUUGUGGCACAGGCAGCACUUGAUGUUUUCACUGUGGAGCCGCCACCAAAAGAUAGCAAGUUGAUUCAACAUGAUAAUGUGACUGCAACUCCACAUCUUGGUGCUAGUACUAUGGAAGCUCAGGAAGGCGUGGCAAUUGAGGUAGCGGAAGCAGUUGUUGGCGCUUUGAAAGGGGAGCUCUCUGCUACAGCUGUCAAUGCACCUAUGGUUCCUGCUGAGGUUCUAUCAGAGCUGAAGCCUUAUGUCGUGCUUGCCGAAAAACUUGGUAGACUUGCUGUCCAGCUAGUUGCAGGUGGAAGUGGUGUGAAAUCAGUGAAAGUAACAUAUGGUUCAGCUAGAGCACCUGAUGAUCUCGACACAAGACUGCUUCGUGCCAUGAUAACUAAAGGCUUGAUUGAGCCUAUUUCCAGUGUUUUCAUUAACCUGGUAAAUGCAGAUUUCACUGCUAAACAAAGGGGACUACGGAUAGCUGAAGAACGAAUUCUUCUAGAUGGUUCACCAGAAAGUCCAGUUGAGUUCAUUCAGGUUCAGAUUGCCAAUGUGGAAUCCAAGUUUGCCAGUGCUAUAUCUGAUUCAGGAGAGAUUAGAGUGGAGGGUAGAGUUAAGGAUGGAGUCCCUCAUUUGACAAAGGUUGGAUCUUUUGAAGUGGAUGUGAGCUUGGAAGGCAGUAUCAUUCUUUGCAGCCAGGUUGAUCAGCCAGGAAUGAUUGGAAAAGUUGGUAGCGUCUUGGGAGAGGAGAACGUGAAUGUCAGCUUCAUGAGUGUUGGAAGAAUUGCUCCAAGAAAACAAGCUGUUAUGGCUAUUGGGGUGGAUGAACAACCCAGCAAGGAGUCACUCAAGAGGAUUGGGGAGAUUCCUGCCAUCCAGGAAUUUGUUUACCUUAAAUUAUAGGGUUGUACUAUCAUUUUCGGACUUUUUUGAAAUCUCUUUGAAGCCAAUUUUGGUGAUUCUGUUGUUCACUAGUAGUAUAGUGUAGGAUAAUAAACAAUUCGGCUGUGCGAUUAGAGGUAUUUACUACAUUGAGUUAUCAACUUUGACAUUUUGUAUUGGCCAAAGUCAUUUAAGCCAUGUUCAAUUGAACACUUCUAGUACUUAAAAUUA